CCAAGGCAACGGUAGCUUUGUGUAAGAUGGCCUUAGCAAAGGUGGGAGGGUGGGAGAUACGAAAAUCAGUCAACGCGGAGUCAUUGGUUCGUCGUGGUUAGUUUUUAAUCCGUCGAUAUUAAUCAUCGUCAAUUCCUUUUGUUUUAGCCAGAUUAUCUAACAUGUUUACUGACGAAGCCCUGGACUCAGUGAGUAUCCAGUCACUGUGGUGGAAAUCCCAGCAGUCAGCGCAGCAGUCGAGAGGCUGUCAGACCAGAGCCGUGCACAAUGCAGAGGCAGAGAUACAGACUGUGUCCACUACUACCAGCUGUACGCAGACAGAGCCACAAGACCAGACAACACAUGUCUCCCAACAAAGCCAUGAGGAACUGGAGCUACCUGGCCUGAGGAACUUCUUGCAGCGGGUUGAGGACACAGUUAUCAGAGAGUUGGUGAGAAAUUCCAGGAGCCAUGCCUUUGACGGGUUCCAGGCAAACUGGGAAGAUCACAGUCAGCUGGUCUCAAAGCUCCAUUGCCUUCAACAUACCAGUGCUCAAGAAAACCGUCUUCAUGUCACCAGCGUGUCCUGGAGCUGCACAGGCUCAGUUAUUACCUGUGCAUACGGUCGGAUUGACAAUGGAGACUGGACCAAUGAGAGGUCGUAUGUUUCCACGUGGAACCUGGAUCGCCAAGCUCUGCACACCAAACAAGCGGACAUGGUCAUAGAUGUUCACACUGCAGUCACAGCUCUGUGCUGUCACCCCAGCCAGCCCGCCCUCAUCGCAGGAGGUCUGUACAGUGGAGAGGUGGUGAUCUGGGACACAAGUCGAACUCAGGAUCCCGUGCUGGCUCAAACUGGAAUGUCAGCAGACAGCCACAGAGAGCCAGUUUAUCAGGUUGCUUGGGUGCCCCGGCAGAAGAAAGGAGAGUUUGGGGUGCUGAGUGCCUGCUCAGGAGGAAGGGCGCUUCUGUGGAUGGUGGACUUGGACCAGGGAGGGUUUGUCCUGAAUGCUGCCUAUGCCUUAGUAACACAGCAAGUUCCCCACAGCACCAAUUUCAAGGCUCGUGGCAGCAGCACUGUGGGCGUCACCGCCCUGGCUUUGUCUCCAUGGGACCCUGACACCUUCCUGGUGGGCUCCGAGGGCGGCCUGCUGCUUCGAUGCUCCUUUUCCUCCCAGACGCUGGCUGCAGCGCCCUCUGAGGGCCAGAGUGUGACACUGAGAGCCCCUGCAGUCUUCUCCUUCAGGCCUUUCAGUGGCCCUGUUCACUCCAUUCACUGCUCCCCUUUCCACAGGAACCUGUUCAUGAGUGCAGGAACUGAAGGUCUGGUCCAUCUCCACUCAUUGCUGCAGGCCAACCCCCUCCUCUCUCUCAGGGUUUCAGACUCCUACAUUUUUCAGCUGCAGUGGUCCCCAACCAGACCACUGGUUUUCGCUGCAGCCACUGGUCACGGUGAGGUGCAGAUUUUUGACCUGGGCCGCAGGUCGCUGAGACCCGCAGCCACCAUUGAUCACGGAGGUGCUGGUCAAGCUGCAACUUGUUUGGCCUUUAACUCUCAGAACCCUCACCUCUUGGCAGUGGGGAAAACGGAUGGGACAGUUGUAAUUUGGCAGCUGAGUGCUGAUUUGACGGAGCAGAGCCCCAGAGAGAGCAGCCAGUUGGAGCAGAUAGCAAAUCAAGUGGCAGAAUGAGACAUAGUGCCUUUGACAGAAGAAGACUGUUGCAGAGGACUGACUGAUCAUGAUGUGAGAUAAAAAAUGUUUAAGUUCAAGUGUUUCAAAUGUGUAUAUGAAAUAAAUCCAGAGUAGAGGUUUCCAGUUCUAA